AUGAAACAUAAUAUAUUUUUGUUUAUGUUCAUACAACUACUGUUAUACACAUUAAGAUUGGGAUCGACUGCCAGUUUGAAACCGAUUUUGAGUUCCACAUUCGGCCCUUUCCAAAUGGUCUUCAAACAGGUUUACAAUUGCAAUCCUACGAAGAACAACAAAAUCCAGCAUAACGUUUAUAUAAGUCAUAGGGCCAAUUCAACAUUUAUACAAGGAAAUAUAACCAAUGAAAUACCUAUCGACGACAUUCUUUUCUUGGAAAUUAAAAUGGCUCUCAAAGAUUCAUUUGGAAGAUGGAGAGAAAAUGCAUUUGUACUGAAGUCACCAAAAGCCUGCUCAACGUUAAAACAAUUAAUGGGAAACAUAUGGACUGCAUACAAGCAUGGGUUUGGAUUAAAAAAUACUGACUGCCCCAUACCUCCAGUAAAAACCUAA